CAGGCGGUACACCCGUUGAAACACCGGCAGAGACUGCGUCUUGUCUCUUUCUCUCUGUCUCUCCCUAUCUCUCCGCCGGGCUCACCAGGGAAGAGAAUCGCGAGUAUCUUUUCCUUGACAGAGAAUCUGGGUGCGGGGAGAGAGUGGGUGGUGUGAGAUCUUGUCCGAGAAAUGCGGUCAAUACCGUUGGGAACCGCCGUGUGCCCAGCUCUCCACCAAAGCAGGAGCACCCACCUGAAUUUCAAGAAACUCUCUCGCUUCCCUUCGCCUCGGUCCCCUCCUGCGCUCGACGACCUCCCCUCUAGACCCAGACUAUGCAGAGCCAGCCAAGUGGUGGAUUUAUUUCCGACAGUCUCUCCCGAGAUUGUUGUCCGGGAGGCCCGGUUAGAGGACUGCUGGGAGGUAGCCGAGACUCACUGCAGUUCUUUUUCCCUGAAUACUCGUUCCCUCUGGAUUUUGUCUUGAGGAUCGACAGGCUGGUGGGAAUGCUCGCUGGAUUCUCAAUACCAAACGGUUGCCGGCGAGUAUGCCUUGUCGCUGUCGUUGGCAGCUCAGGUGGUGAAAGCUUGUUAUUUGGGAGUGAAGACAUCAGAAUAGGUGGUUUUGAUGGAAGAUUUAGUAUCAAUAAGGGCUAUGUUACUGGUAUAUUGACAGUGGACACUGUUGCUGACUUUCUACCAAGAAAGGGACCGCUUAGGCAGAGAAGGACUGGAAUUGCAUACAUAUCCAACGUUGCAGUUCGCGAGAAAUACCGGCGAAAGGGGAUAGCUAAAAGGCUCAUAGCCAAAGCCGAGGCUCAAGCGCGUGGCUGGGGAUGCCGAGCCAUUUCAUUGCACUGCGACUUGAACAACCCGGGGGCGUUGAAGCUGUACAAAGGCCAGGGCUUUAGAUGCAUCAAGGUCCCGGAAGGAGCGAAUUGGCCUCAGCCCAAGACGACUCCAGACAUCAAAUUUAACUUGAUGAUGAAGCUUCUCUAGAGCCCGGCCUCCCCCUAUAGACAUUCUUGAGAGCAAUAUUAGGAAGAAGAGAAGGAGAAAUGUAAAUUAGGAGUGGCCUUGCUUAUUUGUAAAUAUGUAAAGAAUGAGACUUAUGGAACAGCUGCAGAUGUUGCUGCACGACAUAGCUGAUACUCAUAAGUCAUUUUAGAACCAUCAUUGUUUGUAUGAUAAAAUGUCUGAAGCUUUUGUGAUUGACCAAUUU